CCUCGAUCGACGGUGCAUCUUCCAGAGCUUGGCCGCGGUGGCUACGGCAUCGUCUUCAAGGACAAGCUAUCUGGCCACGACGUAGCCGUCAAGGUGCUGCGGAACACCAAAUUCGGUGCUGCGAGCCUUCGCGACGAGAUUCGAAUCCUCGAAAACAACCCGUCGCCGUACCUUGUGCGACUGGUCGCUACCGCCGACGCCUCAUCGGACGCGCCGCAGCUCUUUUUCGAGUACAUGGACCGUGGUAACCUCACCAAGUACCUCGACAAGAUCGCUGCGGACAAGCCCGUCCCUGUCGCAUACACGCCCAUUGAGAUUCUCUGGGUCGUUGCCAACGCUCUCAACGACCUCCACGCCAACAACAUCGUUCAUCGCGACGUCAAGACCGACAACAUCCUCCUCUCGUCCAAGUACUACAUUAAAGUGGCCGACGUUGGCAUCGCCAAUGAUGAAACGACGAACAUGACGACGGUUGCUGGCACAAGCAAGUGGCGAGCACCCGAAGUGCUGACGUCUGGAAGCCGCUACGGGAAGGCGGCCGACAUUUACUCGUUUGGGAUUCUCCUCCAGACGCUGUACCCUAACCCUCGCGAUGCAAGCGCCGAGUGGGCCCAAGCUCUCGCAGCGGACUGCACGGCGGUCGAUCGUACACGCCGUCCGACGGCUGAGCAGCUCGUCCGCAUCUUGCUGCCCGAACUCCUGUCGCAGCCGCACCUUGUGACAUCACUGUAUGCUUUUGAGCAAGACAGAGCGAUCAUCGGGCAGUUUCCAGGCUGUUCGCACGUCGAGGAAUUGAUCGAAGCCAUUGAGGAUGGCGACGUCGACAUUGCCCGCACCUUGCUAGCGAGCGGAGUCCACCCCGACAGCUUCGGAGAGGAGGGAGAAACACCACUCUUGCAUGCCGUGCAUCUCGGCGCCGUCGCCAUGAUCGAUGUGCUACUAGCCUAUCACGCCGACGUCAACAUUGCAAACAGCGUAUGCGGGCUGUCCCACGAGACGCGAAGCUCGAGCACGGCUCUCGAUAGGCUGCUCCGCGUCGAAACCAUCAACGUCAACGUGCAGACUGACGAACUAGACACGCCGUUGCAUCUGGCGAGUGCUGAAGGGUGCUUGGCGAAUGUGAUUGCCCUCGUGAACGCUGGUGCCGAUCUCGAGGCCACCGAUGUGAACCUGAAUCGACCACUGCAUUUUGCAGCGUCGUAUGGACGCAAAGACGUGGCUGGCGUGCUCCUCCAGCGCGGCGUCCGCACGUCCGAGCGCAACGCGCGUGGCGAGACGCCUUUGCAUAUUGCGAUGAUGUGCAACCAUGGCGACGUUGCCACGCUUCUUGUGGAGGCAAAUGCUGACAUCGACGCCCUCGCGAACGGACGUAGCUCAUUGCACUAUGCUUGCGAGUAUGGAGUUGCCGAUGUCAUUCCGGCGCUACUUGCCCGAGGCGCCGACGUCAACGCCAAACAUGAUGGCUCGGUAUCGCUGCUCUUCUCGGCCAUUGAAGACAACCGCACGGAUGUUGUUGCGGCGCUUCUUGCGUCGCCCGACAUUGAUCUCCUUGAACGCCAUGCCGAUGGCACAACCAUCUUGCACCUCGCUGUGCUCAAAGGCAACCAUGACAUUGUUCGAAGACUGAUCGAAGCGGGCGUCGAUGUUGGCCAAAGAGAGAUCCAGUCGGGCCUAUGUGCCAUGGACCUGGCCCUGGUAAAGAAUGACCGCGACAUGGACCAAUUACUCGAGCCCGCCAUGAAUCACAUACAAGCAUUGAUGCGCGCAAUUCGCCGCCAAAACGUGCCGCGCUGUGCUACCCUUCUUCAAAAGCCGCAUAGCUGCCAUUUUUGCGACGAGAAGGGCAACUCGCUGGUCCACACCGCUGUUCUCACCGGCAACGAGGCGAUACUCGAUUUGCUCCUCGCCAAGCCGCGCACCCAAUGCGACACACGCAACAAUGAGGACAAGACGCCGCUGGCACUUGCGAUCGAGUGUGGCCGUAGCUCGAUGGCCAAAAAGCUUUUUCAUCGCACGCACACGCCCGUCGUCGCGAUUUCGGAAGCCGAGUACGACGUGACGACGGCGGAACUCGGUGCCGGUGGUUUUGGUGUCGUCGUCCUUGGCUCGUACUUGGGCCAAAAGGUUGCGGUCAAGAAGCUCAAGAACGCAGGUUUCCGCACGCCGUUCGAGGCCGAAAUCAAUACCCUCCUCGCAUGCCCGUCCCCGUACCUCGUCCAGCUGAUUGCGAUCGCUGACCGUGGCUCCAAGACGCCAGAGCUGCUCUUCGAGUGCAUGGACGGCGGUAGUCUUCGGGCGCACCUCAACAAGAAGCGGUUGAAUGAGCACACACAAGUGAAAGUGACGAACCUUCAAGUGGCGUGGGUCGUCGCCAACGCUUUGAAAGACCUGCACGCCAAGAAGCUGGUACACCGCGAUGUCAAAAGUGACAACGUCCUCCUGAGUGCAAGCGGAGAAAUCAAGCUUGGCGACCUGGGCCUGGUGCGCUUCGAGGCAACGGAAAUGACCGGCACCCGGUACUGGAUGGCGCCCGAGAUCCUGCAAGCGCAAGGCACGACGUACGGUCGACCCGCCGACAUUUACGCUAAACACAGGCCAAUUGCCGUACUUUGA